AUGGUUGUGUUUGGCGAUGCACUUCGCCGACAUGUCGGCGAUCAACACCCUUUGCAGAUAUUGAAACUGGAAAAGCCUGGUACUCCUAGCAAUCAUUAUGCACCUAGGCUAUCCUUGGCACAACUGCAAUCGUUCAGCCCUUCUUAUUCACAACACAGCGAAAGAGCCGCUGGUGUUGAAAAGCAAAAGUCUGGUCAUGCGACUCCGUCGAACUAUGCACUUGCACGGACUCGGAAUUUUUACGCAUGUUCUGUUUACGAUUCUCAUCGCUCUUUCUGUGGCUUGCGCGAGCGGCUGGAAUGA